AUGAUUCGCAGCGUGACAUUACUGACACUCGCUGGUCUGAUCCGACCCCAUCGACACGGGGGGACAAUGGGACUCAUGUACUCAGCACCCUCUUUCCCAGAGGCGCUGCUCAAAUGGCUCGUAGAACGUAGUCUGGGAGGUGAUAAAGCCACCAUCGGAACCAACUGCAAGGCCCAGAACCACAAGUCUGGGAUCUACUUCAGCUUCAAUAUCCUGAAUGGGACAUCUGAAGAGCUUCUCAAGCAAAAUGGCCCAGAUGAAGGCUCGCUGAUAGAGGCAUACCCCCAAGUCAAUGUAGUCCAGCAGCGCUCUAAGCAAGGACACUUUACACGCACAUAUCAACAACUAUAA